ACUUUUUUGGGUGCUCCGGAUCGCCAGCAGUUCCUUCAGCCUCCGUCGCCAACUCCGGAGACGCCGCGCACUGCCCGGGAGCGCGAGCCAGAGGAGCGGCGACCCGCAGCCGGGGGCCCCGGCGCGGGCGAUGCGGGCGCCGGCGGCGGCACCUGCGGCUGCUCUUGGCGGCGGAAGCGCGGGCCCCGGCAGUCUCGGCAGCCACAGCCGUUGCGGCCCGGACAGCCUCCGCCGCGGUCGCCGCUUCUGAUGCGCCUGCCCGCUCCCGGCCCCGCGGCUCCGGGAGGAUGUGGGUCCUCGGCAUCGCGGCAACUUUUUGCGGACUGUUCUUGCUUCAAGGCUUUGCGUUGCAAAUCCAGUGCUACCAGUGUGAGGAAUUCCAACUGAAUAAUGACUGCUCCUCCCCCGAGUUCAUCGUGAAUUGCACGGUGAAUGUUCAGGACAUGUGUCAGAAAGAAGUGAUGGAGCAAAGCGCAGGGAUCCUGUACCGCAAGUCGUGCGCGUCGUCGGCGGCCUGCCUCAUCGCCUCGGCCGGGUACCAAUCUUUCUGCUCCCCGGGGAGACUGAACUCCGUGUGCAUCAGCUGCUGCAACACCCCUCUGUGCAACGGGCCCCGGCCCAAGAAAAGGAGUUCUGCCCCAGCCCUUCGGCCGGGACUCCCCAGCACCAUCCUGCUCCUCAAAGUAGGCCUUUUCUUGGCGCACUGCUGA